UCAUAACAACUUGCCAAUUCCUUCAUCCUUAUCCUCAUUAUUCUCAAUUCACCACUUACCCUUUUCUUUUACUAGUUAAUAAAACAUUUUUACAUUUGGCAACACAUGGACCCUGUAUAUAGUCCUAGUUUGCUAGCUACAACCAAUUAAAGCCUGUCAAUUAAAAUUAUAUAUAAAGUAUAGAUUAUACUCCCCUGCCAAAUAAAAGACAUAAUUUAGUGUUGUGUUAAGAAAUGAGUAAUAGAGACUAUGCUUGCCCAUCAUCAGCCAUGAACGUUGAGAGUGUGCAACGUGUGGUUAUACCACCACCUAAACCCUUCAUUGAGUCUUUCAAACACUCUAUGAAAGAGACUCUGUUCCAAGAUGACCCAUUGAAAAAGUUCAAGAACCAACCCACUUCAAAGAGGUUUGUGCUUGCACUUCAAUACUUUUUCCCCAUUUUGGAGUGGGCCCCACAUUAUACCCUUCAGUUUUUGAAAUCAGACCUUAUUGCUGGGAUCACCAUUGCUAGUUUGGCUAUUCCACAAGGGAUUAGUUACGCCAAGCUCGCCAACCUCCCUCCAAUUCUUGGACUUUAUUCGAGCGUUAUACCACCAAUUAUUUAUGCAAUGAUGGGUAGCUCGAGAGAUGUGGCGGUUGGAACUGUGGCGGUUGGAUCGCUUCUAAUAGGUUCAAUAUUGAGCCGUGAAGUUAAUCCAAAUGAAAACCCAACGCUUUAUCUCCACCUUGCUUUUACAGCUACAUUCUGUGCUGGACUUCUUCAAUUAUCACUAGGCCUCUUUAGGUUAGGGUUUAUUGUGGAUUUUCUAUCACAUGCAGCGAUAGUAGGAUUCAUGGGAGGAGCAGCCACUGUAGUUUGUCUGCAACAAUUAAAAGCGAUAUUUGGUCUUCAGCAUUUCACACGUGAAUCUGAUGUUGUGUCAGUUUUGCGUUCUGUUUUCACCCAAACUAGUCAGUGGAGGUGGGAAACCGCUGUCUUGGGAUUUUGCUUUCUUUUCUACCUCUUCCUCGCAAGAUACUUCAGCAAACGAAAACCGAAGUUAUUUUGGGUGUCAGCAAUGGCUCCAUUGACGUGUGUCAUAUUGGGAAGUCUAUUGGUUUAUUUCACUCAUGCCGAGAAGCACGGUGUUCAAGUGAUAGGAAAAUUGAAGAAGGGGAUAAAUCCACCUUCGGCAGCAGAUUUAGUGUUUGUGUCACCUUAUUUGGGCAUAGCCAUCAAAACUGGAUUUAUUACUGGUAUUAUAGCUCUUGCGGAAGGAAUAGCUGUAGGAAGAAGCUUUGCAAUGUGUAAGAAUUACUAUAUUGAUGGCAAUAAAGAGAUGUUGGCUAUGGGAACCAUGAAUAUUUUUGGUUCAUUAACCUCUUGCUACCUCACAACUGCACCAUUUUCGCGAACGGCUGUGAACUACAAUGCUGGAUGCAAGACUGCAGCAUCAAACCUUGUAAUGUCAAUAGCAGUAAUGUUGACAUUGUUAUUUCUAACACCCUUGUUCUAUUACACUCCUCUGGUGGUGCUAGCAUCCAUAAUUGUAUCAGCAAUGCUUGGACUCAUAGAUUUUCAAGCAGCUAUUCAUUUAUGGAAAAUUGACAAAUUUGACUUUUUAGUAUGCCUCAGUGCAUAUUUUGGAGUUGUCUUUGGCAGUGUUGAAAUUGGCUUAGGAAUAGCAGUUUCACUAUCUUUACUAAGAUUACUUUUAUUUGUUGCAAGGCCUAAAACAUUUGUUUUAGGAAACAUUCCAAAUUCUGCAGCAUACAGAAAUGUAGAACAUUAUCCAAAUGCACAUAAUAUUCCUGGAAUACUAAUUCUUGAAAUUGAUGCACCAAUUUACUUUGCCAAUUCAAGCUAUUUAAGAGAAAGAAUCACAAGGUGGAUUGAUGAGGAGGAAGAAAGAAUAAAAGAGGCAGGGCAGACCAGUUUGCAGUAUGUUAUAGUGGAUAUGACUGCUGUAGCAAACAUUGAUACAAGUGGAAUAAGUAUGCUUGAAGAGUUCAAGAAGUCGGUGGACCGAAAAGGGAUUCAACUUGUUUUGGUCAACACUGGAAGUGAGGUGACAAAGAAGCUGAACAAAUCAAAAUUCCUUGAUGAAAUAGGACAUAAAUGGGUUUAUGUGACAGUUGAAGAGGCUGUUGGAGUAUGCAGCUAUAUGAUCCAUACACACAAGUCAAACCCCAUGAGAGAUGAAUCAGAAGGUUUGAAUAGUGUGUGAGGAGAAGCUUUGUUUAUUAUUGAGUAUUCCACUUAGUUACUAAUUGCUUCCAUAACACUGUGGCAUGAGAGUUUCUAAAUUGUGCUGCAGAAGAUAUAGAUAGGCAUAGAGAGUGCAGGGGUAUUUUUAAAUAACUAUUAAUUUCACAAGUUUGUACCUUUAAUUAGAAGAUAGUUUUCAUUUCAACAUAGGAUGUUGAAUAUUUAUGUAUUUUGAUAAGUUAUUUUUAAAUGUAAAAUAGCUAUUAUGAAAUUGAAAAGGGUUGCUUGGGAAAUGCCUUUAGAGAUGAUAACAAUUCACAAGGUCUUUAUAAAGUAGAGAUCAUCCAUUUAUAAUUUA